UUGUGAGCAGUGACAGUUAGAAGUGUUGCCUGGUGCUGGGUGAUGCUGCUUGCAGGCCCUAGUUCCACCAACAUCUUUCUUUCUACCCAACUGACAUCAUGCAGGCUGCUGAGGGGCAGCAGCUGUUUGAUCCUGUCUCAUUUGGAAAGGACCUCAUGAUAGGUGGGGUGGCAGCUGCUAUUUCCAAAACAACAGUAGCACCCAUUGAACGGGUGAAGCUCCUACUCCAGGUUCAGGCCUCAUCCAAACAGAUCCGUGCUGACCAGCAAUACAAAGGCAUGAUAGAUUGCUUUAUACGCAUUCCUCGGGAGCAAGGAUUUGUCAGUUUCUGGCGUGGCAAUCUUGCCAAUGUUAUCCGAUAUUUUCCAACUCAAGCCCUAAACUUUGCCUUUAAGGACAAAUACAAACAGAUUUUCAUGUCUGGAGUAGAUAAAGAUACACAGUUUAUGAGAUGGUUCAUUUCAAAUCUGGCUGCUGGUGGAGCAGCUGGGGCUACUUCAUUGUGUGUAGUAUAUCCACUAGACUUUGCACGAACUCGAUUGGGUGCUGACAUUGGCAAAGGUCCCUCCGAGAGACAAUUCAGAGGUCUAGCUGAUUGUAUUAUUAAAAUUGCCAGAAAAGAUGGAAUUACUGGUCUAUACCAAGGAUUUAGUGUUUCAGUACAGGGAAUUAUUGUAUAUCGGGCAUCUUAUUUUGGAUGUUAUGACACCAUAAAAGGAAUGCUACCAAAUCCUAAAGAAACCCCAUUCAUUUUAUCUUUUGCAAUUGCUCAAGUGGUGACAGUAUUUUCUGGGAUUCUCUCGUAUCCAUUUGACACUGUCAGAAGACGUAUGAUGAUGCAGAGUGGAGAGACUGAACGUCAGUAUAAAGGAACUAUUGACUGCUUUAUCAAGAUAUAUGGCCAGGAAGGAAUAAAGGCCUUUUUUCGUGGGGCUUUUUCAAAUGUUCUUCGUGGGACAGGAGGUGCCUUGGUGCUAGUCCUUUAUGACAAAAUCAAGGAAUUUCUUCAUAUUGAUCCUUCAAUAGGCCAAGCAUCUGACUAAAGGCACUAAUAAUCUAUUUUACUUGCGCUGCCCAUGUAGAGAUAAAAGUCUUAUUGUUUUGAAUAUUGGUUUACUAUUUAGUAUUCUACUUUGUAACAAGUCAAUAGUAUUUAAUGUUAUGAUUUUAAAGCAAUUUAAAGAUUACAUUUACUUAACUUUUACUUUCAAAAGACUUCUGCCUAUUAUUUCAUUUUCCUUGAGUCAUUCAUUGUCUUUACCUUCAAAAUCAAGAUACCUGGAUUUCAUCUUGAAGACAAGCGAUUCUUUAGGAGGGAGAGAGAAACAUUGAAUUGCCUAGUCAAAGAUGUAUAUCAUAGUUGAUAAAUGAGCUUGGACUGGAAUCCAGUUUGCUCCAAUCCAAACCCAGUAGUUUACUUUAGAGUUUAAACUUUUUUUAUUAGCAAGAAAUAAGAGCUUUUCCAUGCAAGGCUAAACAAAAUUUAGACAGCUUAUAGCCCCAGUUAGUGCAAAUUUAUUCAGAUUAUUUUGUUCAACAGUUUGAAUUAAGGGUGUCUUGGAAUGAAUGUACUGUAAUGUUCUGCAGCAAAGUAAUAAUAAGAGUUUCUUGCUAGGAAACUGUUUUCUUAAUCUUUUCCAGUAUCACAGAAGUAAAAAAAAAAAAAAAA